AUGUCAGGAAGCUGUUUCCGUUCUCCCAUUUUGUUGAUCUCCCAUUUUAUCUGCGACAUCGUGGUGUGCUUGCUGCUUCUUGCUUCUCUGGUCUGUCGGUCUGUCGCCACUUCUCUUGAGCUUGUUGCAGUGGACUGUGAGCCUGACGGCCUUCCUGAAGUCCUAGUGGUUGCUGAUUUCUUCAAUUCACACCCACUACCGCAAAAAUUGUUCAAAAUGUCCCAAAAGGCCAACUCAGAUGCCGCCGCAGAGAACUCUGAGAACAAAAGCCUGCUCAGCUGCUCGGGUGAGACUUCUGGUGCCCUGGUGGAUACAGAGACAGUUUCUGAUACCAAAACCAAGGGUCCAGAAAUUAGUCCGACACCAAGCAGCAAUGUUGCUGGCACCAGAGAUAGCAGUGUUUCUGGAGGUACUGACCCUGAAAAUUCUGGAAACAGUUUCCCGGGUUACAACGGUGAUGAAGAUGAUGACGAUCACAAUGAUGACAAUGACUCCAACUGUCCUGACUUGGGGGACUCUGACAAUUUUAUCAGCCAUGUGGAAAGCUUGUCCAGCCACCUAGAGUUGGAGGCCGGUGAGGUGGUGGAAGAGCAGGGCCUGGAAAGCCAGUUCCGCCACCAUGAGUUGGAGGCUGGUGAGGUUCUGGAUGAGAUGGAUGAAGGGUCUGAAGUACAUGAACAGCCCAUUGAGGACAGCAGUGAACAAUGUCAUAUUGAUAGUUUACUAGAUCAAUGGAUGACCUUAGAGACAUCUCCUCUCCCGAGACCUCGAUGGAAAGUCCUUAAUGCCCUUCGCGAUAGACAGCUCGGUUCAAGUGCCCGCUUUGUGUAUGAGGCCUGUGGGGCAAGAGUAUUUGUGCAGCGUUUCUCGAUACACUAUAUUUAUCAAGGCCAUACCAGAUGUGUCAACACUGUGCAUUUUAACCAACAUGGCACCUUGCUGGCUAGUGGCAGUGAUGACCUAAAAGUGUACCUGUGGGACUGGCUUCAUGAGCAACCAGUACUGAACUUUGGUAGUGGCCACAAAAGUAAUAUCUUACAGGCUAAAUUCCUUCCUAAUUGUAAUGAUGCUGUCUUGGCCUUGUGUGGCCGUGAUGGGCAGGUACGCAUUGCACAGUUGUCUGCUCUGCCAGGCACCCAGAUGACUAAACGUUUGGUGAAGCAUGAGUCAGCAUCUCAUAGAUUGGCUUUGGAGCCAGACUCCCCUUUCAGAUUCUUAACUUCAGGUGAAGAUGCAGUUGUUUUCAAUACUGACCUCAGACAAACCCACCCAGCUUCAAAAGUGGUGGUAACCAAAGAAUAUGAUAAGAAAGUGGGACUCUAUACGGUCUUUGUGAAUCUUUCCAGUUUCUACCAGUUUGCCGUAGGUGGCCAAGAUCAGUUUGUAGGAAUUUAUGAAAAAAGGAAAAUUGAUGAGAAUGUCAACAAUGGAGUUUUCAAAAAAUUCUGCCCUCUUCACCUUCGAAGCUGUAAUUAUCCAGCAUAUAUCACCUCUGUGAUGUACAGUUAUGAUGGCACAGAGCUCCUGGCUAGCUAUAAUGAUGAAGAUAUUUACAUCUUCAACUCUUCUGAUAGCAAUGGAGCUGAAUAUGUUAAGAGAUAUAAAGGACACAGAAAUAAUGCCACAGUGAAAGGGGUAAAUUUCUAUGGCCCCAGAAGUGAAUUUGUGAUGAGAGGUAGUGAUUGCGGGCACAUCUUCAUCUGGGAAAAAUCGUCCUGCCAGAUAGUUCAGUUCUUGGAGGCAGAUGAAGGAGGAACAAUAAACUGUAUUGAUCCUCAUCCUUACCUAUCUGUGCUGGCAUCCAGUGGCCUAGACCAGGAGGUCAAGAUUUGGGCACCCGUAGCUAAAUCUUCCACAAAGCUUACUGGGUUAAAAAAAAUACUUAAUAAGCAGAAACGAGAUAGUCUUAGCUUACACCACACUUACCUUUUUGACAACCACGUGCUUUGGUUCCUCAUGAAUCGUAUGACACAGACAAAUUGGAGAGGAAUUAGAAUUGAAAUUGGAGGAGCAGAUAUCAGUGACUCUUCCUCUGAGGAGGAAGAAAAUUCCUAA